UUGGUUCUAAAGUAGCGAGUACUUAUAUUGGAAGAGAGAUAAAGUGUGGAAAAAGACAAUUUUAGCAAGUGUUCGAUGGACGUAAUGUCCGUGAGCCCGAAACAUAGCACUCCGUUUUCUGUGACUGAUAUUUUAAACCCUAUAGAGGAAUUACAGAACUUCUCAAACUUCAACCUACCACUACGCAAGGCGCCGUUCGCCGACAGCGGCUUCUCCUCGUUCGGCGCGUACAGUUACAGGACUUCCGGUUCCCAAGGGACUAUGAACGGCAUGAGCGCCGCGGCGGCCGCGAUGAGCGUGCCCGUGACGUCACCGUACCACAACUACGUGCCGCCUCUGAGCCACCACACGCCCAACUUCCCCUCCCAGUACUGUAACGGCGGCGACUACUACGGGGAUUCGAUGAUGCGAAACUCCUCCAACUGGUACAAUACAGGAUCCCCCGACCACAGGCUCACCAUUUCCCGUCUGAUGAACAGCCAGAGCUCGUGCGCAAUGUCACCCAUGUCAUCCGGGAUGAACCAUAUGAGCAACAUGGGAAUCCCGGGGCUCGACCAGCACAAGGGGCUACAGUUUCCGCUCACCCAGCGCCGGAAGCGUCGCAUUCUGUUCUCGCAAGCACAGGUCUACGAGCUGGAGCGGCGGUUCAAGCAGCAGAAGUAUUUGUCGGCACCGGAGCGCGAGCACCUGGCCAGCAUGAUCAACCUGACACCAACUCAGGUGAAGAUAUGGUUCCAGAAUCAUCGCUACAAGUGCAAGCGACAACAGAAAGACAAGGACAAGCUAGACUCAAGCGCCAGCUCGAACGCAAGUGAGAGCUCCCCGCAGUCUCACACCAGUCAGAACUCACCCAAGAAAGUGGCGGUGCCGGUUCUAGUGAAAGACGGUAAACCAUGUACAGGAACUGGAAACAAUGAAUCCCAGGGUUCUCAGAACACUUCGCAAGCGCGUGUCAGUUCCGCAUCUAACAGUAGUCAUAAUAGUUCAAGUCCAGGCCAUGUACACAGUUCUAGUGCUAAAAGUGGGUCACAGUCCCAUCACAGCGUUCCCAUGACAACAGCAGGAACAACUACGCACUGCUACUCAUCAUCCACCUCUUCGCUUUCAUCACCCUCUUCCGGUCUUCACAACAGUAUAAACUACCCCACCCCACCUAGCAUGAACGGGGGCUCGCCAUAUUUACUCAGUGGUAGAACGUGGUGACCAUACAUGUACAUUGCAGACGAGAUUUCACCGCAGACGACAUUGACGUGGAAAAUAUGUUCGUAGGUUCCGUGCUUGCAAUGCUGUUUGAUCAGUGUUUGUAUUUCCCAAGUCGGGGGCUCGUAAACGCAGGUUUAUUGCCCGGAAAGCAAACGAAAGGUUCAAUAAAACACAGGGAUAUGAGGUGUACACUCCCAGCUCUUUAAUGGGAGUCAUAGGAAGUUAAUAUAAAUCCAGUGAAACAGGGGACUUUAUACACAACUACGUUUAGCCUUUUUAAGUUAAAUUGGUGUUCUUCUAUUGCAUUUAUGUCCGUCUAUAUAUUUUGGCAGCAGUGUUCAGCCUCGAUGGCUCUAUUACCGUACGUAAUUAUCACAAUGUUUGGAAUGUAUAGUUUCCUUUUUUUAUUAGAAACAGCUGAGAUAAUUAUAAUGCAGACAUUUUGACUUUUAAAUAAUGUUAUAUUUUUGUAAAAUGUUUCAGACAUUAAUUAAUUUAUAUAAUUGGUGUGUUGUAUCUUAUUUUAAAAGCUAAACAAGCGAUGCCACUCAUACUUUUGAGUAUUUUGACAUUAUUAUUUGAUAUAGAAAAGAUGCGUAAAAUGAACUGAAACAAUUGUUUAUAAAAAAAAUGUUCACAAAUGUUAAAAUCCUUAAUAAAAUAGCAUAGCUGAUGCAUAGGUGGUCGUACUAAAACAUAGAAUGAAAUGAUGUUUUCACCAUUUAUUAUCGGUAUGACCACCUAUGAGCUGGUUUCGUAAAUACUGUUGUAAUUGACGCAUACGGUUAUUGCCGCUAUUAGUAAACAUUCAUAUGACAUUCACUGUCUCAGUCGUACAUUUCAGUGUAUUGUUCAACGUGUACAUGUUUUAUGUAUUAGUUUUUGUUAUUAAAAUUGCAUGUCUAUGACAAUCAAAUAAAUUAUAUUUAUGGUC